AUGAGACUCGGGUCCUUCAUACAGGCCCAUCCAUUCUCUGUUGCGUGGUGGAAUGCGCCGGAGCUCUCAUGCCGUGCCCACAGAGCCCCGGAUUCUGAGUUGCUUAAUGAUUUAAAUACCCUCUAUAAGGGUGCAAACUUGCCUUCGUCCAACGACGAGAAUGAUGGACCAUUUGUUAUCUGGCUAAUUGUACAGGCCCAAUGGGGACUUACAAAACAACUCGCUAGUUAUGGAUCUUACACUAAUUUAAGAGCAAUUAUCGACGGGCCAUAUGGAUGUCCUCCAAGACUAGAAAGGUUUGGUCAUGUAGUGAUGUUCACACAAGGCAUUGGUAUUGCUGCGCAGAUGCCCUACAUCAGGGAAUCAUUCUAUGGCUCUCUCGGAGGCAGAUUUCCUAUCCGUCGACUUUCACUUAUCUGGGAGACCAAUGAAGAGGAGCUUUCUAUGGUGAAGCAGUGGAUAGAGCACAUGCUGAGGGAAGACCAUGAUAACCAUAGCAAGACAAUGAUGCUAGAUUUUCAGCUCUAUGUUGUCAACGGCGAUAUGAAUCUACGAUACGGUAGACGCGUGAGAAGGUUUGCUAGUACUAUUCAUAUAGAAUCUGUGCUGAUCGAAGAGCUCCAAGGCCGUCGUGGAAAGAUGCUGAUAACGGCUUCUGCUGGAUCUCGGUUCGUGGAUUCACUUCGGCGCUGUGUUUUGGACCAGAUCAAGCGGGGUCAUCUAGAAAAAGAGAUCGAGUUUUUAUGUCUAGAUUUUCAGCCACCGGAGGCGCCAAGCCAGGUGCGGGGAUAG